GGGAGCCCGCAGAUCCGGGUCUCGUGGCAGAGAGUGACGUGGCCAAUCGGAUCAAAACAGAGGUGGGGGAGGACGCCGGCGCCGGGGAGCAGCGGCAGCAGCGGCACCAGCGUCCGGAGCGACCGCGGCUUACCCGAGGCGUCAGUCGGUCUUUCUGCCGAGCCUUGGUCACGGCUGUCACCCUCCCCGCCCCGUCGGUUGUUGUCUGGGCGGGUUUAAACAGUCAAGUUAAAUCAAGCUGGGUAAUCAUGGCAGAAGGUGGAUUUGAUCCCUGUGAAUGUGUUUGCUCUCAUGAACAUGCAAUGAGGAGGCUGAUCAAUCUGUUGAGGCAGUCCCAGUCGUACUGCACAGACACAGAAUGUCUUCAGGAAUUACCAGGACCCUCUGGUGACAAUGGCAUCAGCAUUACCAUGAUCUUGAUGGCCUGGAUGGUUAUUGCAGUGAUCUUGUUCUUACUGAGACCUUCUAAUCUAAGAGGAUCCAGUUUACCUGGAAAGCCAGCCAGUCCUCAUAACGGACAAGAUCCACCAGCUCCUCCCGUGGACUAACUUCGUGAGAUGGGAAGUAAAAAUAGCUAAACACCUUGCACGACCAAAUGAACGAAGAUGACCAGAGUACUCUUAACCCCAUUAGAACUGUUUUUCCUUUUGCAUAUGCAAUAUGGGAUGGUAUUGUUUUCAUGAGCUUCUAGAAAUUUCACUUGUGAGCUUAUUUUUGCUUCCUGUGUUAUCACCAUUCCCACUUACAGUAUAUUUGAGUAAAUGAUAUUAAAAAAAAAGUUACAUGGGGCUUUUUUUGGUUGUCCUAAGCCUAAACAUUUCACUCAUUCUAUUUAACUGUGAUAAUUUUUGUGAUGAUUUCUGGACUGAUUGAAGGAAAUUUGAGAUCUCUGCAUUUAAAUAUUUUAAAUAGUUUUGAUAGGCUUUAAAAUUGCUUUUUUGCAUAAGAUAUUUAUAAAGUUAUUUGGGCUUGUCUGAGAUUGUAUGAAAGAAAAUUAGAACCAUACUGUAUUUACGUUUACCAUGAUAGUUUAUUUGUGGGUGGCUGUUUUCUCUUGCCAUUGGGACUGUGGUGGCCUUCUAAAUACUUUAUAAAUUUUAGCUGAAAUCUGUAUGAUCCACUACAGGUGGCUUAUGUGGCUAGAAUCGGAGAAGAAGUGAAAUGGUUGCUAAGUUUUUUACUCCCGUUACGAAAUGUCUAAUGUUAAGAAAACUUUAAAUAAACAUGAUUAAUCAAUAUGGUGGAUGUUUAACUGCCCAUUAUAUGAUACUUGUAAUCCACUGUACACUAGCCUUAUAAGGGUUCGUGAAAGCAGGAGAAAAAUUAACUCUUUCUGCCUUUGCUGGGUAUAAUCUAUACAGUAAUAAUUUAAGCUAUAAUUUAUUUGUUAAAACUAGUGCCUCUCAGGAAGUUUCUUUUCUGUUCUGACACUUCCCUGUUAGAAUGAAACUCUUUUAGAGUUAGUUUAGGUUACUGAAAUUUGAAUCCCUAGUACUUAUUUACCCUGUGUUUUUAUUUGAAGAAAAAAUUUUGAGUCCUUUGUUAUUGUUCUGAUGUUAAAUUUUUUUUUUUUAAGUGAAUUCUUGGCUUACUCCAAGGGAAAAGGAAGAAAAUUAGAAUCAAGGAUCUUUUCCUCACCCUCUGUCUUCGUAAUGGGAUGGACUGGGACAGGGAUGAGCGUUAAUAUAAGUAAAAUUUUGAAAUGUAUAAAAAACUAAAAGGUUGCACUGUUUUGCUUAGUUUGAAAAAAAUGAAUACAGAUGGCAUAAAAAAUGUCUGCAUGACCUUUGUGGUUAUGGGAUUUUUCCUAGCAAGUGAUUACAGAUGACUUAAUGUGGGCUAGAAGAUAUUUUGCUAUCAAUGUAAGGGUUUUCCCCCCUAGAUCAGUCUAGCUUUUCAUUGUAUAGAUCUGAGAAAUUACUUGUAUGAAUUGAAUAAAUUUCUCUAUAUCAUUGUACUGUUUUAGAGUCUCUGAUACACUCAUGGAGUAUUCUUUUUCCUUCACUAUGAUCACAUUCUUGGCCAAAAGAGCAUCAUUUCAUUAUAUAAUUCAGUACUCAUUGUUUCAUUCCUCCUUGUGUAUCUUGGCUUUGAAUUCAACUUCUCGAAAUAAUAUAACCAAUUCUUAAUUACUUAUGCUAAUAGGAUGGCAACAUAACACAGGUAAGUCAGAUCCUGGAUAAAUGAGCACCACAGAGAAAAAGGUUUUUCUUCUUGCUGUCGCCUACUGGAAGCCUUCCCAGCUAUAGCUGGUAACAUAUUUAAGGCAGAAAGUGCAGGAAUAGCAUAAAAUCGAGCUACAUUCUGAUAGCAUUCCAUUUUUCUGCCUUUGCCCCCUGAACUUUGAAGGCUGGCCCCUCUAUCCUAAGUCUGUUCUCUAAGCUGCUAGAAAAACCAAUCACUGGCAGAGAUACUGAUGUGUACACUGAAUCCAUAGCUCACAAAUAAUUGAGAAUUGGUUUUGGUUUAAGAAAUGGCCAUAACAUGGAAACAGAAUGUCUGGUGUUAGCUAGAGGCCGGAAAAUCUGGAUUCUUAUUCUUAGUCCUUCAUUUCUGUCACAUAUACUUAGUUGACAUUGUAUGUAGGAUUUCAGCCUUUUCUUAUAGGGACCUACUUGCUUAGUAACAGAAGUUCUUAGUGAAGUAUUUAGUCUUGUUUUUUUUUUUUUUGCUAGUAAAAUUCCUCUGCAUUCCGGAAAAAGACAGCAUACUGCACAUAAACUAUUCUUGUUAACCUAACUAGUAAUUUAUAUUCUAUUUAAUCUUAAAACUUCUACACGUGGCCUUUUUAUUGAGCACAUCAUUACGUGGCUUAUAAACAUUCACCUGAACCAUGGCUACAAUCUUUUUAAAAUAAUUUGGAAAAAAGAAAGCUAAAACUCCACAUUUUAAUUACCUUUGACUUUUAAACAUUCCACAAAUGCCGUUAAGAGUUUAUUUUGUUGUAGAGUCAUUUAAUGUUCUUCUAUGCAAAAUAUUUUUUGCAUUCCAUAUGGAAAAAGUUAACAUUGGAAGUGUUUAUAGUAAAUGACGUUACCAUGUAGCUAUCCAGCCACUAUCCCAUGGGGCAGCGAGACAAAUUUUACAACUCGUAGAGAUUUUCUGAAGUAAUUAUUGAGUACAGCUCUUCCAUGGUUACUUUUAUGUCUUCGUGGUAUAUGAUGUGAUAGUGUUUAUGGAAUUAUAGAUAUCUUGCACUUCCAAAAGAACCGUGGGAAUCACUCUGAAUAAAGCUAAAAUUUGGUCAGCUCAGCUUAAGACAUAAUACAGCAACUCGAAGAAGGAAAAAUGAAGAGUUUACAGUUAAUGAUUAAAUUUUUGUUAUUGCAAUGGGAGGUUUAGUCUUAACAUUAUAAUAUUUCUAAAUGAAAAAUCAUAUGUAUUUGUUAUACCAUGUCUGAUUACUGUGUUAAAAGCAAAAGUGGUCCUGUGAUAUGCUAAAUGUUAAUUGAUGUUUUUAAAUGUUUAAAUCAUGCCAAACAAAUCAUUUCUGUGCCAUCCAGGGUUUAUUGUUAAUCUUUUCCUGAGUACUUGGAUUGGGAUAAAGGGCUUGUACUAUGCACUUUUUAUUAAUGAAUAAAUAGAAAACGUUAGUAACA